AUGAUGAAGGGUGUAGAACAGAGAAAAGUAGUGGACAAACUGAACCAACGCCGGAAGAAGAAGAUCAAGGGCGGUGCCAAUAGUUACAUGGGACGUACUUUUCUGCAGAAGGUCGUGGAGCACGGGCUAUUCGACACGCUCUGCGCUAUAAUGAUCAUCAACAACUCCAUCAUAAUUGGUUACGAGGUUCAGUGGCUGACCGUGGACGAUACCGAGCCGAAGACGACCAAGAUCCUGGGGCUGCUGUGCACCCUCUUCUUCUUCUGCGAGCUGGUGCUCCGCGUCACGGCGGACGGCCCGCGCUUCUUCUUCGUCUUCUCCGACAACCGGAGAGAGAACUGGAACUGGUUCGACUUCGUCCUCGUGGUGAUGUCCAUGUUCGACGUCAUAUCCUUGGCGACCCAGGGCGGGGCCUCCACCGUCGGGAUGGGCCUGAAGACGAUCAAGAUGCUGAGGACACGGGGGAUUGUUCGUGUGGUGCGUGUGUUCCGCUUCUUCAGCAAGCUCAGCCAGCUGGCGCUCAUGAUCAUAGACUCCAUCAAGUCCCUGGUGUGGGCCCUCAUUCGAAGGGCUUUCGCCCACGUCUUCGCCAUUUUCUUCACGAACCUCUCAUCCGAUUACGUGAAGCUCAAGGACUCGGAUGGAGACGCGUUGGUGGUCGCGGAGCAUUUCGGCAGCCUUUGGUCGACGAUUUACACUCUAUUCCACAGCAUGCUCAACGGCAUCAGCUGGUACAGGAGCCACCCCAGCGCGCUUAGGAUACCCCUCGCGCUGUACAGCAUCCCGGAUUGGACAGGUCCUAUCUUGGCCGUCGGUUUCGUGGGCUACCUGUCCUUCACCAUGCUCGCAGUGUUGAACAUCAUUACUGGUGUCUUCGUGGACAACGCCGUGGAGACGGCGAGGACACAGCGGGAGUUCCUGGUGCAGAAGGACUCCGAUGGAGGUCAAGGAGCAGUGGCUCAAGGAGAUGCGCGCCAUUUUCCUGGAGAUGGAUGCCGACGGCUCUGGGAGACGGUGAACAAGGACGAGAUCGCCGAGUUCUGCAACGACGAUCGCGUGCACUACUACCUCACGGCGCUCGGGCUGGACGUGCACGACACGGAGCGGCUGUUCGAGCUCCUCGAUGAGAACAGAGAUGGGGAGCUCGACGUCGACGAGUUCCUGGCCGGCUGCCUGCGCCUCAAGGGGAUGGCCCGCAGCAUCGACGUCUACAGCCUCAUUCACCAGUCGCGCCAGGUAUGCAGGCGCCUAGAUGACAUGGACAGAGCCCUGAACGAGCAUAUGGGAAUUCGAACGGCGGCGGCUCCCUGGUUGAUGCCACCGCUGCUAUCGCAUCGCAACGACAAGUCCGUACUGUCCAUACGCCAGGAUGAUCCGCGGCCCAGCAGCACGGCCCUGCCCGAGAAGACCGCGCCGCUGCCAGACGUCUCGCUCGGGGGGAACUGA